ACCGGGGGCGUGGCUUCCGGCGGCUAGAGCUUGGGAGUCGGGGCAGCAGGGUCGAGCGGAGGCCGUGGCUGACAGGCGCUCCUCCCCCGACGGCAGCGGCUGGUGCCCAGGCGGACCCGCGGCCCCCAACUCGCGGCCGCUCCGGGGGAUGGACGAGGGGAAGAUGGAUGAGAAUGAAUGGGGGUACCACGGUGAAGGCAACAAGAGCCUAGUGGUGGCCCACGCGCAGCGUUGUGUGGUGCUGCGUUUCCUGAAGUUCCCUCCAAGCAGGAAGAAGACCUCAGAAGAAAUAUUUCAACACCUACAGAACAUAGUGGACUUCAGCAAAAAUGUCAUGAAAGAGUUUUUGGGGGAGAACUAUGUCCAUUGUGGGGAGGUGGUUCAGCUGCCUUUAGAUUUCGUGCAACAGCUUUGUUUAAAGAUACAGUCUGAAAGACCAGAAUCUCGCUGUGACAAGGACCUGGACACUCUCAGUGGCUAUGCCCUGUGCCUUCCCAAUUUGGCCAGACUUCAGACCUACCAUUUUGCAGAGCACCGGCCGAUUCUGUGUGUAGAGAUCAAGCCCAAAUGCGGGUUUAUUCCUUUGUCCGGUGACGUGACGCACGAGGCGAAGCGCCGGGUGUGCCGCUACUGCAUGCACCAGCACCUCAAGGUGGCAACCGGAAAGUGGAAGCAGAUAAGUAAAUACUGUCCCCUCGACCUCUACUCAGGAAAUAAGCAGAGAAUGCACUUUGCCUUGAAGAGCUUGUUACAGGAAGCUCAGAAUAACUUAAAAAUAUUUAAGAACGGUGAGCUGAUCUACGGCUGCACAGAUGCCCGCAGCCCUGUGGCCGACUGGAACGAGCUCGCACACCACCUGAAGCCUUUCUUCUUCCCUUCCAAUGGCCUGGCCGGCGGGCCCCACUGCACAAGGGCUGUGAUCCGGGAGCUGGUGCGUGUCAUCACGCGGGUGCUGCUGAGUGGCUCGGACAAGGGCCGGGCGGGUGCCCUGAGGCGGGGGCCUGGGCCCCGGGGCCCUCGUGUCUGUGAAGCCAGCCCUUUCGGCAGGAGCCUGCGACGCCAAGGAAAAAACAGCCCGGAGUGCUCGGGGUUACCGAAGGGCUGUCUUCUGUACAAAACCCUCCAGGUGCAGAUGUUGGACCUGCUGGACAUCGAAGGCCUCUACCCUCUGUACCGGCGGGUUGAGCGGUACCUGGAGGAGUUUCCUGAGGAGAGAAAAACGUUGCAAAUAGACGGGCCUUAUGAUGAAGCGUUUUACCAGAAGCUGCUUGAUCUUUCCACUGAGGACGAUGGGACAGUGGCCUUUGCACUGACAAAGGGACUUAGGCUCUGCUGGUUGGAAUCUGAAGAGGAAGGCUGUGAAGGGAAGUGCUGGAGCAGAACAUUUGCAUCACCUCUGAAAGAAAUCCCACCCCCUUUUGCUGUCAUCCCCUCUUCUCCCCGCCCGCCAGCCGAAGCAACCGUGAAGCCCCUGUCUCUGUGGAUGUGCGUCCUGCAGACACUGCACCUGAUCGCACUCAUUCGGUUCCUGGUUCAGCAGUACCGGGUGGCCAUGACUGCGAAGGACUGUUCUAUCAUGAUCGCACUCUCCCCCUGUCUGCAGGAUGCAAGCUCUGAUCAAAGGCCUGUCGUCCCCUCAUCGAGAUCCAGGUUUGCUUUCUCCGUGUCUGUGCUGGACCUUGACCUCAAGCCCUAUGAGAGCAUUCCUCACCAGUACAAACUGGAUGGCAAGAUCGUCAACUUCUAUUCAAAGACUGUACACGCCAAAGACGCAGCCGUGGUGUCGACCAGGUUCAAGGAGAGCGAGGACUGCACGUUAGUUCUGCAUAAGGUCUAGGCGCUUCCUGCGGCGUCUUUGAAACCUGAACACGGGAUGUGAAGGUUGAAUGAGAGCUGUUUUCUGUUGUGUUGGGUGACCUUUGGCUGUGAAUGUUUUUGCUUUUUAACCCCUGUUCAGUUGGGGUUGCAUCUGGGUGACCCCAGGAUGGAAGAUCACCAGAAACACCUUGGAGGACGAGGAGUGUCGGACGUGAGCGCUGCUGCGUGCGGUGUCCCCACACCUUCCGCUCUGGGCCGCUCCUCCUCCCCACCCAGGGCUCAUGUCUAAUCUCUGAUGUAAAAGCCUUAAGACCCAAGGUUUGGAUCUCCUACCACCAGACUCUAACUUAGAAAACUUGAAUUGUUGCAUACAUCUUACAGUUUGGACUUGAAAGAAAACAUGGAUACUACUGGAACUUUCCCAGCUGAGUUACAUGGUCACUUUUUCCAUGCGAGCCACAGGUCAGCGCAGGUUUAGUGGGCUCUCUGCUGCAGAGAGUGAUGGGUGGCUGGUGCGGACGUGGGUCCUGAGCUGCGUGGACUCGGGGUCUCUGUGGAGGUGCCCCAGCCACCGCUCUGCACAGGGUCAUCAGGGAGCACCUCAGGUCAGGGGUGGACACCACUCACAUAUGAGCGCCGACUUUCUUCUUAGCUGAAUGACUUUAUCUAACUUUAGGGGAGACGAGGCGUUCCUCGCCACGGGCGGUUGCUGCUGCGGAGCUGGAGGCAGGGCGGCUGUGUGCCAGGUGUUCUGGAUGUUUGGGGAGGUCGUCGGCUGUGCCAGACCCCGCGGCGUGCCCCUGCUCCUGCAAGAUGAGCAACUCCUGGCUGGCACCAAGGGGGUUCUCGUUGGGGUCACCGUAGGUGUGCCCGGCUGCUAUGAAAACCGUGGGGAAUCUUGGCUUAGGUUUUUUAUUCUAUGGUAGGUUGUACAGAUUAUUUAUAUCGUUUUGAGGGACUAAUGAAGGUUUAUUGUAACAUAAGAUUAUAAUAGCAAAACCACGGAAUUGUAUGAAAACGCUACGUGAAAAAUAAUAUUUUGCUGAUUGAUUGUAAAUUUUUGUGGGGAAUUUUGUGAUAACUUGAGAAUUACACUUGUUUGAAUCAA